AUGGUGGCGGGGGCUGGCGGAGGGUGCGGGCACAGCCCCGACCUUCACACCUCGGAUUUGCUCCGCUGGAGGCCCGGCGGCCUGGCGCUGGCCGACCUGCUGGCCGGGCUGGGGCUGGUGGCCAACUUCGCCGUGCGCUACCUGCUGCGGCCGCCCAGCGAGGCGGCGGAGCUGGCGGCCGCGGGGCUGCUGCUCGCCGCCUUCUCCGCCUCCGUCUGCAGCCUGCUGGCCAUCACCGUGGACCGCUACCUGUCGCUGUACAACGCGCUCACCUACCACAGCGAGCGCACGCUGGGCUUCACCUGCGCCAUGGUGCUGCUGAUGUGGCCCCUGUGCCUGGGCGUGGGGCUGCUGCCGCUGCUGGGCUGGAACUGCCUGCGGGACCAGAGCGCCUGCAGCAUCCUGCGGCCCGUCACCAAGGACAACGCGGCCGUGCUGGCCGUCACCUUCCUGCUGCUCUUCGCGCUCAUGAUGCAGCUCUACCUGCAGAUCUGCAAGAUCGCCUUCCGGCACGCGCAGCAGAUCGCCGUGCAGCACCAGUUCAUCGCCACGGCGCAGGCCAGCUCCACCCGCAAAGGGCUCUCCACCCUCUCGCUCAUCCUCGGCACCUUCGCGCUGUGCUGGAUCCCCUUCGCCAUCUACUCGCUGGUGGCCGAUUUCAGCUACCCCUCGGUCUACACCUACUCGCUGGCGCUGCCCGCCACCUGCAACUCGCUCAUCAACCCCAUCAUUUACGCCUUCAGGAACCCGGACAUCCAAAAAUCGCUCUGGCUGGCCUGCUGCGGGUGCAUCCCUUCCACGUUCUCCUCCAGACCAAGGACAUCCAGCGACGUGUGAGGACUGAGCACGGAGCCAGAGGUGCUCCCUGGUUCUCCUCCUCCUUCUCUUUUUCCCCUCUGUCGUUAUCGUUUCCUGCCGGGGGGAGUCCCCCUCCACGGUCAGCACAUAUCGUUCCAUG